UUGACCCAUCAGCAUCAUGGUUCAGUACCAUUUUGUGGCCUUCGCCGCCGCCACCGCCGUCACGGCCAAGAUCUCGGUCCAAGUGCAUCGCAACUUGGAAGUCGCCAAGCAGUCGAACGUUGUGGUCAAAUUUCACUGUGGCGAGGCCCUCACGACCCACCACCGCCGACUCAAGGCCGGCGCGUCUCGCACCGAAACCAUCGAGUCGCUGGUUGAUUCGUUGAAGGAGCACACCACCACGUCUCAGGCGUCGGCCAAGUCGCUCAUGGCCAACCAACUGGAGUCGACGGCCAUGAAAGUGACCACGACAUGGAUCGACUGCUCCAUGUACAUCGACAACGUCCCCGACGCCCUCGUCCAGAAGAUCGCGGCGUUACCGGAAGUCAAAUCUAUUGACGAGCCAGUUGUGAUCGCGCUGGAAAAGCCCCAGGAAGGUGUAAAGCCAGCCAGCCUGACUGUCGACGCGGUCAACCAAUGGGGGGUCGAGAAGAUCCAAGCGCCAGCGCUGUGGGCCAAAGGCAUCAAGGGCGACGGCAUUGUCGUGGCCAGCGUCGACACCGGUGUUCGACACACCCACGAGUCGUUAAAGUCGAACUGGCGACAGGAAUAUGGUUGGUUCGACCCGUACAACAAGUCGGAGUUGCCCAACGAUCCGUGGGGGCAUGGCACCCACACCAUGGGCACCAUGGUAGGAACAACACAAGGCAUUGGUGUCGCCCCCAACGCUAAGUGGAUGGCUUGCAUGGGAUGCAACUACUUGUGCUACCAGUAUCAGCUCAUGCAAUGCGCUCAGUUUCUGCUGUGUCCUCACGACAAGGAUGGGGGCAACCCCGACUGCAGCAAGGCGCCUCACGUGAUCAACAACAGCUACGGGGCGUACUACGCAUCAUACUGGAUGGAAGAUGCGAUCACUGCAUGGCGCACGGCGGGGAUCAUCCCCGUGUUUUCUAACGGCAACGAUGGCCCCAACGGCUGUGCGUACUCAGGCUACCCAGGCGCAUCCCCCCAAGUGAUCGGCGUCGGCGCCACCGACAGCACGGAGCAUUUGGCGUACUUUUCCAGCUUGGGCCCUUCCGUCACCAACCGCCUCAAGCCAGACAUCUCGGCGCCGGGUGUCGACAUCGUGUCCGCAGCCAUCUACGACGACACGAGUCUGGUGUGGAACUCAGGCACGAGCAUGGCUGCACCUCAUAUUGCUGGCACGGUGGCGUUGUACUUGUCCGUAAACAAAGGCGCCACGUACGACCAAGUGUACACGGCCCUGACCAACAACGUGGACACGGACACGUUAUCUCCACCCAACAAGACCUGCGGUAGCAUUCCCAACACGCAAUACCCCAACCACCUCUUUGGCUACGGCCGCUUGAACGUCUUCAAGGCCGUGACUGCUCCGCCCAGCACCCCCCGUCCGACUCUGCCCCCGCCUCCCCCCAAGUGUGCCGCUUGGAUGCUCGAUACUGAUUACAUUGGCGGCGAUAUCAAGGCAGUGUCCCCUCGAAGCGCCGACGACUGCUGCGACGAAUGCGACAACACCCCAAAAUGCAAUACAUUUACCUUUACCUACGACAACGGAGGCACGUGCUGGCUCAAAGCUGUCGUCAAACCGGUCAACUGGGUGUUCAAGCUAGGGGCCAAGUCCGCCCAAGUACUCAACCCAACCAACCCCCCAACCACUUGUGGUACCUUGGAAGACAACACGGACUAUGCUGGCAACGACUUGACUUCUACCAAGCAGGAGGCUGCUGAAUCCUGCUGUGCCGACUGUGAAAAGACACCGGGAUGUAAGCUGUUCGUGUGGUCCAACCACAACGGCGGCACGUGCUGGCUCAAGCACGCCAAGGGGGCCAAGGUGAUUGUGGUCGGAGCCAAAGCUGGAUCGCUGCCUACUUCCACCACCUGCGCACCUAUUGUGUCGGACGUGGAUUACGUCGGCAACGACAUCAAGUCCACGAGACAGACCUUCGCCGACGCGUGCUGUGGGGAUUGCAAAGCGACUUCUGGGUGCAAACUGUUCGUGUGGAACAACUACAACGGCGGGACCUGCUGGCUCAAGCACACCCAAGGCGCCAAGGUGACUGUGGUUGGAGCCAAGGCAAGCCUUCUCCUGGCAGGACCACCGUCGUGCGGCGCCGUCGAGUCAAACGUGGACUUUGUGGGCCAAGACGUCGCGAACGUGAAGGCAGGCCAAGCGGUCGACUGCUGCGCAGCGUGCCACAUCAACCUAGCUUGUAAUGCGUACAGUUGGUCCAGUGGCGUGUGCUACUUGAAGGGUCGUCGGGAGGAGACUAAGGUGGCGUCUGGGGUGGUGUCGGCCCGCGUGGACAAGUGCAGUUCGUUGGAGUCAGAUGUGGACUACGUGGGCAACGACCUGUCGGCAGUGCCGUCUGACGUGGCGGACUGCUGUGCGAUCUGUCGUCAAACGAGUAAUUGUGGCGCGUUUAGCUGGGCCAAUGGCGUGUGCUACCUGAAGAGCUCCAAGGGAGGUAUUCGUUCUAGCGCUGGGGUCAAGUCUGCUGUGGUGAAUUAAUUCAUAGCCAGUGCAUUUUAAUAAGUAGUGAUGUGCCUACAAUCGUUUUACCGGUUGGAUUGAUAAUAAAAUGCUAUAUCUGCUCA